CACUGCUCCAUUGUCACGCUGCAUCCACAUGCUUUGUACAUUUGUUUUUUGUGUUUUUAUCGGACUGCUGACACGCAGUCAUCACAAUUGUAUCCCGUCAUGUCCACGAAAAACAGAAACACCACAAUCAUGUGAAUGAACAGUUAUUGUGUUCUAAGUACAUUUUCCUAGCAUGGCUUUGAACGAACGCUAUCGCUUUUUGGUGCUGUUCUUCAACUGCCUGCUGUCGUUUGGCUCCUACUUCUGCUUUGACAUCCCCAGUGUUCUACAGGAUCAGUUUCAAGGGAACCUGACAUGUCCCAAUGCGACAGUGAUCAAUGGCACGGUGGACUGUGUGGUGGGCUUGGGGAUGACCCCUCAGCAGUACAAUCUUCUCUAUGCUAUCUGUGCAUGGACGAAUGCAGUAGUGGUGAUCAUAGCUGGAUUCCUUAUUGACAAAUUGGGAAACCGCUUCGGGGUAUUCCUCUUCUCUUUCUUGUGCGUUUCGGGUUCCUCUUUGUUCGCCCUGGGUUCCCACUUCAGAGGAACUCCAUACCUGCUGCCACUCAUGCUCACAGGACGGUUUCUGUUCGGAUCAGGCAACGGAUCUUUGAGCAUCGUUCAGAAUUGCAUCACUGCCUUCUGGUUCAAGGGGAAAGAACUGGCCUUCGCUUUUGGGCUGACAUUAGCGUUCUCUCGCUUGGGAUCUGUGCUCAACUUCUUCUUUACGCAAAGGUUUGAAGAAAGGUUUGGCUUGCAGUGGACCCUGUGGGGGGGGGCCUUCUUGUGUUUGUUGGGCUUUACGUCUGCCAUCAUAGUUAGCACUCUGGACAAGGUGGGAACGAGGCAGCUGGGUCUUGAUGGUGCCAUCCAGGAGGAGUCUCGCAAAGUGAGAAUUCAGGAUGUAAAACUGCUGUCGCUAAGAUACUGGCUGCUGGUUUUCACCAUCAUGUUCUUUUACAAUGGAAUCUUCUCCUUUGUUGCUGAUGCCAGUAAGUUCAUUCAAGAUAAAUACAAUGGUUACACUCACAAGGAGGCUGCUUACAUCGCAGGGGCCGUUUACGACAGCUCACUCGUCCUCUCUGCUGGCAUCGGCUUUCUUAUAGAUUACGUGGGUCUGCGUGGGAUUUUUGCCAUGUCCUGUGCCAUCCUCGCUCUGCCCGUGUUUGGACUUCUAGCCUUCACAUUUGUCCCUCCUCUUGUCUGCACUAUUUGGCUUGGAGUCAUUUAUCCUUGUGCUUCUGUGAGCAUGUGGUCGUCUCUCCCUCUCGUCGUGCCACAAGCCACCAUCGGCACAGCUUGGGGCCUCGCUAGUUCAGUCCACAUGUUUGGGGUUGGCGUCUCCAACCUUGUCGUGGGGCAGAUUUUAGGCACCAAGCCCAGUGACGCUAAGAUUCCACUGUGGCGCUGGCAGAGGAUGAUGAUCUUCAUGUUGGCCAAUACCGUCGGCUGCAUCGUCACCUCAGCAAUGCUCAACAUCAUCGAUCACAGACAGGGUGGGACACUGAACAAGAGGACAACAAAAGCAGGACAGUAUGAGAGAGAGUCUGACAGAGAGACACUCAAAGAGGAAAGUGAGGAUGAGGGAGAUGAAUCACUCCCAUCCCACUCCUUCAACUCAUGACUUCUCAAGUUUCAACUUUUCUCUUCACCUCCUUUUUGAUAACGAUAUUUUAUUUGAAAACCAGAAUUAUAUGGUUGCUUCUGUGUAUUUUUAGAAUUUUUUUGUUGCUAUUUAUCCUAAAAUAUAUUUGUACUUGUUUACUUAGAAAAUGUAAUCCUAUUGUAAUAAUUUGCAUAUAUUACUGAAAAUAUUAAUGAAAAAAGCAAGUUUUUAAAUGACUGACUAACUGAAAGUCCCUGACUGACCUAUUUUAUGAUGUAUUUUUAUUGUUUAUUGGCAUUGUCAAGGAUUUUAUUGUUUAAAAAACAGCUACAUUUGCAUCAUUGUAACUCUUACUGUAUAUAAAUGUUUCUCAAGCUUUUUUUGGAGUACCUUACCACUUCAUAAACAUUUUGCUUUGCAAGUGAA